UUGUUGUGGCUAGCGGUGAUAAGUUCAACGCCUGACGCAUAGUUUAUCGCUCGUGAAAAAGUCUCGAGUGCAGUGCAAUUUCAGCAUUGAAAAUAUGGCCUCCACUCGUCUGAUCAUAAUUUCCCUCGUUAUUUUCACUUCAGUCGUCAUUUCUACUUGUCUUCAAGGGGAAUCCACCCCCCACGAAGUUGAACGAAGACCUUUAUUGAGAAACGGCUGUGUAUGCAUUAAAAAUGACUGCGGAUGCUGCGAAACGAUCACUUGGAAAACAUUUGGUAUCGAUGGAACAGUUUGUUCAAAUAUCACGUAUCUACCUGAUGAUUACGGAAUUUCCCUGACUCUCACUUAUAAUGAUUAUGUUCUCUACAACGAGACAGUAUCAGCGCGCAAUCCUCCGCCCAUUUGCAUCGGAAUUCCAGAGCUGGAAAAGUUGUCAGCAGAGAUCUGCCUGAAACUGUACGAUCUCUCCUUCGGGAAGCAACACUAUCAUGGCUGCGUGGCGAUCAAAGUCUCGGUUUAUCAUGUUAUUCACAGGAUCGUGAACGUCGGAUGCUUCAACAUCCCUUUGGACUAUUCGAUGAGUAUUUAUUCAGCUAAAAUGGGGAAUGUGUCGGGAGCGCUGAACCAGAUCAUCGAUCGAGAGGGAGUCAGGAAGGAAGUGCUGCCCUCGGUUCAGAUGAUUUGAUCGUUUUCUUUCGCCAUUUCCCCUCGGGGACUAAUUGAUAAGUUUAGGAAUGAAGAUUUUUGUAUUGACAUUUUUUACUCGAUUAAAUGCAUUCUGAGAGUCUCA